UAAUCCUCCUACCAAGUACUUAACAAAACAUCAUCUCAAACAUUUACUCUUCUCCCAACCACCAUUUCUUUUUAGUGAGAUUACUUUUGAAAAUGGUAAUAUAUAAUCACAACCUAAUAAGAUCAAGAAAUCACAACAUGGGUAUACAAAGCAGAGUAAAAAGAUAAACUCUUGCUUUCGCUUUCACAAAUCAGAACCUCUUCGAUUACUAGUUACAGCCCUCUUUUCAUCAUCUUAUCAUUUAUUACCCAUUACUUUCUCUGCUUUGAGAACCGAGCUUCAACUCUUGUGUUUCUAUCUGCUAAAUGCUUCCUUAGCUUUUCUAUAAACAUUAAAGAAGCAAAAUGAUCCAACUUUUCAUUACUUGGCUUUUGUUUCUUUCUCUUCCCUUCCCUCUCCUCCAUUUCCCUUUCUGGCUUCACAGUCUUUUGGAUCUUUCUAUCAAACACUUCGUGGGUUUUAUAAAUGAUGGUCCCAUUCCAUGUUUACAACUCUUCUAAACAUCUUUUCGGUCUUUUCUUUUCCCUACUUGGAUAAAUACUCCCACUCACACUUUUUUCCAGUUUUCUUCAUCAGUGAAAACGAGAAAUGACUCACUUAUAACUAAGGAGGAAAAGGAAAACACCAAUUUUUGUUCGAUUGCCUGAAUGAAUGUUCAGUACUUGGCUUCUGCUCAACUUCUUUCACUCUGCUCGCUAAUACCUUUUCCUUUCUCUGGUUAAAGUUAACUUGUUCCAGUCUUCUUGUUUGCUUCUCUGGGUUGGAAAUUUUUAAGGCUGCUGUGCUGUAAUAUAUAGCUAUGAAGAUGCUUAUGAUGAUCACCAACCACUUCUUUUUACUUCUUUGCAUAUCUUGUUUGGUUCUCUGGUGUGAAGGAGAGGGAGACUUUGAUGUGGCUCCAAUGAAGAAAGCUGAACAAGCAGCCCUGUACUCUGCCAUACAAGGCUUUGUGGGAAACUGGUGGAAUGGCUCAGAUCUCUAUCCAGAUCCCUGUGGCUGGACUCCUAUACAGGGUGUUUCUUGUGAUCUCUUUGAUGGCCUUUGGUAUGUCACUGCCUUAAGCUUUGGACCUGUGCAUGAAAACUCCCUUGUUUGUGCUGGAGAUGUGGAAUUUAGGUCACAAUUAUUUGAACUUAAGCACCUCAAGUUCCUCUCCUUCUUCAGUUGCUUCUUGUCACCACACCAACAUCCAAUAACCAUUCCUGACAAGAAGUGGUUAAAUCUUGCUGACAGCUUAGAAUCACUGGAAUUUCGAUCAAACCCCGGUCUGAUUGAUCAUGUUCCUACAAGCAUUGGUGAGCUCGCCAAGCUACAAUCUUUGGUGCUACUGGAAAAUGGCUUAACAGGUCAGUUGCCGCAAAAUAUUGGCAACCUAACAAAGUUGAAGCGCCUAGUCUUGGCUGGAAAUUCGUUCGCCGGUGAGAUUCAAGAUAGUUUUGGGUAUUUGCCUGACCUGUUAAUCGUCGAUUUGAGUAGGAAUUCACUAUCCGGGCAUUUACCUAUGAGUCUUGGAGGGUUGACCUCGCUAUUGAAGCUUGAUCUAAGUAACAACCAGUUGCAGGGGACGAUACCAACAGAAAUUGGAAAUCUCAAGAAUUUGACUCUCUUAGAUUUAAGUAACAACAAGUUUUCUGGUGGUUUGAUCCAAGCUCUUCAAGAAAUGUAUUCCUUGACAGAGCUGGUAUUAUCUAACAACUCAAUAGGAGGAGACUUGAUGAGUGUAGAGUGGGGAUAUCUUCAAGAUUUGGUAAUUUUGGAUCUCUCUAGCUUGGGCUUGACAGGUGAAAUUCCUGAGUCUAUGGCCAAGUUGAAGAAGUUGAGAUUUUUGGGUCUUAGUAACAACUUUCUUACAGGCAAUCUCUCGCCAAAAUUGGUUUCUUUGCCUCUUGUUGGUAGACUCUACAUAAAUGGAAACAAUCUGACAGGAGAGCUUCAAUUGUCUCAGUGGUUUUACAGGAAAAUGGGGAGGCGCUUUGGUGCCUGGAACAAUCCUAACCUAUGUUACCCAGUUGGAGUUAUGUCAACCAACUAUAAACCAUAUGGGGUAAAGCCAUGCCAGCAGGAAGUUACUUUGAGUGAACCAAAUUACACAACAAAAUGGGUUGAUAGAAACGUGAACCAAAGUUCCUUUUCCAUUACUUCUUUGGGAUUCUCAAGCCGCGUGUGUAAUGGGUUUUCAUGGAUAUUCCUGGUUGUGAUAUUUAUGAUCUUACCAGACUUGCAUUAUUUUCCAUAGGCUUUCUUUGUAAUGGCAGGUCUCGAAGAAAUUAACCUUUUUAGGUGUAUCUCAUAUCUUUCGUUUCUUAGUCGUUAACAAGAAAAGCUAAUUGCAUUUGCCAA